AUGGAACAAUACCACCACUAUAUUCCGAGAUUCCUUCUACGUAACUUUGCUAUUGACAAAUAUGAGAGGAUAUUUGAGAGCAACAUAAACCAGCAGAAAAGGAAAGGUCAGAAGAAAAACAAAGGACCCAAUAAGCAGAAAAAGAAAAGGCAGAGGAAAGCUGAGCUUCUCCAAACUUACGAUAGAGAGAAAGAUCAACUGGGCGUUUCUUUAAUUAGUAAAACCUAUGGAAAUCCAAAUAUGUACAAAGAUAUUAAUAAUGAAGACGCGAUGCAUGUAGAAGAAAAGCUAUCUAAACUCGAAAAACGUGCAUCAGAAACGAUUCGUAAUAUUGUGAAAACUAGUCAAAUGGAAAAUCAGGUCGUUUUGUUUAGGAGAGAUCUUGAAGAUCUACGCAAGUUCAUCUUCAUUAUGAACUAUCGAAACGGUCAGCGAUGUUUUCAGUAUACUAACGAUAUAUUUGAUAGACCCACUAAAUCGAUGGUAAAAGCUUUUAUGCACCAGCACAAUUUACAAAGACCUGCAGAAGUAUGGUUGCAGAAUAUUCGCGAAAUAUUAGAUACACCAUAUUCAGAAGUCAAAGAUAACCAGAAAAUUUUUUACCUAGAUAGGGAAGACUUCAAGCAGCGCAUGAUCGAUAGUUUUCUCAUAAUUUGGCAGGCUGGCGAAAAUGACGAAUUUAUUAUAACGAACAACGGAUUUGGAAUUUUCGAAGGAGUAAAUGGGGUUGUGUUUGGGGAAUUACCAUUUCAAUAUGCUUAUCAUUCGUUCUACGUCAUUUCUCCAAAAUUGAUAUUGGUUCUCUGCCCUUCUGCUUUCCGAAAAGAGGUUGGAACCGACCAUUUAUACAAACAUUUUGGUCAACGCUCGAUUUUUGACCACGUUCCUCAUCCGGCGGCAAUUCCGAAAUAUGUUGGCAAAGUAAAGGCUUCUUGCAGUAAACCAAAUAAUGAACAUAGCCAACUGAAAUACGACGGAACCGACCCAUUUGAAUUGCAAGCUCACUUACUUAAAAUGAGCCUAUAUGACCAGGGUAUCGAAAUGCAAUCGAACGACACAUUUACCUUUCCCUUUGUCAAACUCAAUUCGGCCACCGUUCGCCUCAUAAACUUUGUCUUGCUCAAUGAGGUUAAACCAGACUUGGUUUUAACUUUCCUUUCUCUUCCGUACCUCUAUAAGACAAUUGUCAAAUACCAUAAUGACAAGUUCGUUGUUCAACAAGACUUUUCGAAUUUGAAAAAAAAGUUGUUCACGACAUUGAACAGAACUCAUAAGGAUGACUUGCAUCUCCGGAAAGAUAUUCCGGUCGGGCGGACAUUUAGUUGGAAAGUACGCGAGAUGAAUCAGAUUCCCGAUCAGUAUUAA